GGGGGAGGGGAAUUUAGACGAAAGAGCUCAGAAUAGAGUGUCUGACACAUCCGAGCCGGACAUGCUGUCCCAAAGGUGUCAGCCGGAUGUUACUCGAUGUCACAUAAAGGAGAUAUCUUUCGGAAAUGGACCAGGCUUCUAGGUUGCAGGCUGUGUUCCUCUGAAUGCCAUCACUUAAUAUUGCAUGAUUUAAGCGGAGGGCUAGUAGAGAUUUUAUGGACCCGGAAACUGCAGACUAGAAUCCUCCAACUGUUGUUAAUCCACAACAACCAACGACGAAAAGGCUCAAAGGGAAUGUUGCACACUGCAGUUCAAUAAGCCAUGGGUGGGUCUCUAGAGCAAAACAAUGUUCUUCUACAAGUGGAACAUGUACAACCGCUUUAGAGUGCACAAAUUAACUGGAAUGUUACUAUGGAGGGACAGCAUCGACUAGAAGACCAAAACAACCCAAUGUGCAAAGUCCAGGGGCAGGAAUACCAGCACGACGGCCAACGACACGUGACCUCCUAUCCCUAUCGGUGCAUAUUGGCAAACUUCAAGAUAGAGAAGAAGAUUGGGCGGGGGCAAUUCAGUGAGGUCUACAGAGCCAUGUGCCACUUGGACAGAAAACCUGUGGCCUUGAAAAAAGUUCAGAUAUUUGAAAUGAUGGAUGCCAAAGCUAGACAAGACUGUAUUAAAGAAAUUGAUCUCCUAAAGCAACUGAACCACCCAAAUGUAAUCAAGUAUUUGGAUUCCUUUAUUGAAGACAAUGAGCUGAAUAUUGUUCUGGAGCUUGCGGAUGCCGGAGACCUCUCUCAGAUGAUUAAAUACUUUAAAAAGCAGAAGAGGUUAAUCCCAGAGAGGACGGUGUGGAAAUACUUUGUGCAGUUAUGCAGUGCUGUGGAACACAUGCAUUCCCGUAGAAUCAUGCACAGAGACAUCAAGCCUGCUAACGUGUUUAUCACAGCCACCGGGGUGGUGAAACUGGGAGACCUUGGGCUAGGGAGAUUCUUCAGCUCCAAAACCACGGCGGCACAUUCCUUGGUGGGAACACCAUAUUACAUGUCCCCAGAAAGAAUCCAUGAAAAUGGCUACAACUUCAAGUCAGAUAUCUGGUCCUUAGGGUGUCUGCUGUAUGAAAUGGCGGUUUUACAGAGUCCUUUCUAUGGAGACAAAAUGAACUUGUUUUCCCUGUGUCAGAAGAUAGAACAGUGUGACUACCCUCCUCUGCCCAAAGAACACUACUCGGAAAAGCUACGAGAGUUGGUCAGCAUGUGCAUCUACCCAGACCCAGACCAAAGGCCGGACAUUGGCUACGUUCACCAGAUCGCAAAACAGAUGCAGGUGUGGACCUCCAGCACAUGAAGAAGCGAGGAUUGACCCUGAUAAAGAGCAGGCAGUCCCGCCUUACUUGAACAAGUCUCUUCCAUGAAGCAGAGGCCAAUGGAGCUCUGCGAAGAGCCACAAUCAUUUCAUAACUGCGGCCUAGUAACGGGCAAACCAGGCUGGCAGUCCACGAGCCAGGCCACACUCCAGGAGGCAACACAUUUAAAACUGAUAGUAGAUGUUAUAAGUUGUAGAUUGUCUGAAACAAGCUGUGUGUGUGUAAUGUAGACUAGACAUGAAUGAAAACACGGUGCCUUACAGCAUCCAAAAUAGAUUUCUAAUGUGAAUAUUGAAAUAAUUCCUUUGGUGAGCUUGUCUUUGUUAUGUCCUUAUUGUCCUGCAUUGGGGCAACAGCUUUACUUUCUCUCUCAUCCAAUAACAUGUUUAAGCUGUAAAUCUGUCCGGCAUAUUUGUCAAUGUUUAGAGGGGGGGGAAAAAAAAAAAAAGUUGAGCUUUGGAAUUUUUUUUUAUAUUUUUUGUUUCUGUUUAAAGGGGAAUAUGAACACCAAAGAGAACAGUGCUCACCUUACUAGAACCGGAGAUUGCUGUUCUUAAGGAAAUACUGUGGUGAUGUCACAAUAGCAGUGUCUGUAUCUAGGAGAUCCAGAAGAACUUUACUAACGGAAUCUAACUGCAAUAUAUUAUUUAAAUAAAGUCAACGCAGUGUUAACCUCUAAAAGGCAGCGCGAAUGAUUGAGACUAGAUCUAGAUGCACCGUAUCCAGUAUUGUGGAUUCAGCCGAACCCUCGAAUCCUUUGCAAAAGAUGCGUCUGAAUACAGAACCGAAUCCGUGGGAAAGGGAAAAACAUCUUUUACUUCCUUGUUUUCUGACAAAAAGUCACGUGAUUUCCCUCCUGACUCUAAUUUGCAUAUGCAAAUUAGGAUAAGGAUUCGGUUCGCCCAGGCAGAAGGAUUCGCCCAAAACCGAAUCCUGCUGAAAAAGGCCGAAUCACGAAUCAAAUCCUGGAUUCGGUGCAUCCCUAACUCGAUCAUACUUUUCAUUCUAACUGUGAAUACAUAGCAAAUGUGAACGGCGCAGCAAUUUGAAGGACGGACGGAACGGUUUCCCGCGCAGGAUGUGACGGCGCAAGGGGAUCGCUGGAAAGUCGCUCUAGCAUUUAUAUUUAGACUUGCUGUUACAGUAUCUGCUUCGUAUGUUUUUAAUGCACCCGUGUCAGAAAAAAAGGUGUUCUCUGUGGUUGAUUUAAAACAAAAAAAAAAAUCUUUGCAAUAAACUAUUUGUCCAUAUUUUA